CACUCAAACUUGAGUUCAAUGGAGGCCGAUUCCUCUCCCUCCUCAAAUCCAAUCCCCAUUUUCUCUACUCUCAACUCCCAAUUCGAAGAUUCAACCAAGAAAAAUGUCCCCAAUUCUUCAGCUAAGAAACCCUUGAAUUUGUGGCCGGGAAUGUACCACUCUCCGAUGACAAUCGCGCUCUGGGAGACUAAAUCUAGCAUUUUCGAGAGGCUUCUCGACCCCCCUCUUGACGCGCCUCCCCAAACGGAGCUGCUCACCAGAACCCCAUCGCAGAGUAGAAUGUCCAUUUUGUACAACUUCUCUACCGAUUACAUUUUGAGGGAGCAGUAUAGGGAUGCUUGGAAUGAGGUCAGAAUUGGGAAAUUGCUUGAAGACCUUGAUGCUCUUGCUGGCACCAUUUCUGUCAAGCACUGUUCAGAUGAUGAUAGCACAACUCGACCACUAUACCUUGUGACUGCUUCUGUUGACAAAAUCGUGCUAAAGAAGCCAAUCAGUGUCAAUGCUGAUCUCAGAAUAGACGGUGCUGUUACUUGGGUUGGUUAUUCGUCUAUCAAGAUUCAGCUCGAUGUUACUCAGACCACUCCUGAGACGGCCGAUCCUUCUGACCCAACCGCUCUAACUGCCAACUUCGUCUUUGUGGCUCGUGACUACAAGACAGGGAGAGCUGCUCAGGUGAACCGCCUCGUCCCAGAAACCGAACGGGAGAAGCUGCUCCAUAAAGAAGCAGAAGCAAAAAGUAAAGUGAGGAAGAGGAAACUUAGAGACGGGGAGAGUGAGAUGGAGAACGGGGAGAUGAACAAAUUUGAAGCUUUACUAGCUGAGGGAAGAAUAUUCUGUGACAUGCCGGCCUUGGCGGAUAGAGACAGCAUCCUUCUCAAAUACACUUGCCUUGAGAACUCAUUGAUCUGUCAACCUCAGCAGAGAAACAUUCACGGCCGUGUAUUUGGAGGGUUUCUUAUGCACAGAGCGUUUGAAUUGGCUUUCUCUACAGCGUAUGCCUUCGCAGGCAUAAUGCCAUCUUUCACAGAAGCUGAUCACGUCGAUUUUUUGAAACCAGUGGACGUUGGAGAUUUCCUUCGUUUCAAAUCAUGUGUUUUGUACACGGAAGCUGAGAAUUCGGACCGACCUCUAAUCCACGUUGAAGUCGUUGCACAUGUCACGAGACCCGAACUGAGAUCUAGUGAGGUGUCGAAUACGCUGUACUUCACCUUCACCGUUCGGCCUGAGGCAAAGGCAAGAAAUGCCGGGCAGACGAUCAGGAAGGUUGUGCCUGCUACGGAGGAGGAAGCGUGUAGAAUCAUUGCUCGAAAAAGUGCUGUUUCUUUGUAGGUCUGCAGAAACUAUUUGAUCAUCGCUUGUAAAGAGAAGGGGAUUUAGUUGGAAGAGAAAAUGUAGGCUUUGUAGAUCCUUCUGAUUGUAUUAUCUCUUGCUUUUUGUCGAAAUUGUAGAAAUUAUUCAGUAAUGACAAACUUAUUUACUUAGCUGCU